CACAUGUCUUUAUCAGAGGUCUGCAGCACUAAUCCUCUUAAACUCCAGUCAGCAGAGGCGGAGCUGCAGCUCGCUCUGCUCUGCACUCCCCUGGCCGCUCACUGACUGUGGGUGAGACGAGGCUUCUCGGGUCGCAGCGGGGGAGACGAGACUUCACACACCGCAAUGUGCGAAAUGUUGCGUUGGCCGUAGACGAGCUGCGUCGGUCGGUGCGGUCGCAGGAGGCGGCGGCAGAUGCGGCUCUUGCCAUGACUUGUUCCGGGAAGCGGAGCGUUCAGGCGGCGUUGAUCCUCGUGUGUGUCGCCCAGCUGACUGCAGGCCUGAAGUGUGUGUGUCAGCUCUGCGCCAACCACACCUGCGAGACGACCUCAGACGGCGCCUGCUGGAACUCGGUGAUGUUGAUUGACGGGACGGAGGAGACGGUGAAGUCCUGUCUGUCGCCCAUUGAGAUGAAGGGCCAGGUCUUCUGCUACAGCUCCCGCAACGUCUCCAAGAGGAACUGCUGCUUCACUGAUUUCUGCAACAAUGAGACUCUGCACCUACACACAGAGAGGCCUUUGGAAGAACCUGAAAGCUGGAGCAGGCUGCAGCUCUCGGUGGUGAUCCUGGUGCCGUCCUGCCUGCUGUGUGUGGGGGUCCUUCUCUGUGUGUUCAUCGUGCAGGGCCACUACUGUGCCUACAGUCGAGCCCGCAAGCAGGACCCCGAGGAGCCCCUGGAUGACCAGAUGAUCAUGUCAGCUGACAAAUGUCUCCAAGAUCUGAUCUACGACAUGAGCACCUCGGGCUCUGGAUCAGGUCUGCCACUGCUGGUGCAAAGAACCAUAGCUCGGACCAUCGUGCUGCAGGAGACUAUUGGGAAGGGUCGAUUCGGUGAGGUGUGGAGGGGCAAGUGGCGAGGAGAGGAUGUGGCGGUGAAGAUCUUCUCCACCAGGGACGAGAGGUCCUGGUUUCGUGAGGCAGAAAUUUAUCAGACCAUCUUGCUCAGACAUGAGAACAUCCUGGGAUUCAUUGCUGCAGACAGCAAAGACAACGGCCUGUGGACUCAGCUCUGGCUGGUGUCGGAGUACCACGAGCACGGCUCCCUGUAUGAUUACCUGAACAGGUACACGGUGUCGAUGGAGGGCAUGGUCGUCCUGGCGUUAUCAAUAGCCAGUGGGCUGGCACACCUCCACAUGGAAAUCAUUGGCACGCAGGGGAAACCUGCCAUCGCUCACAGAGACCUCAAGUCCAAAAAUGUCCUGGUGAAGAACAACGGCACAGCGGUCAUCGCAGAUUUGGGUAUGGCGGUCAAACACGACUCCAACACCAACACCAUCGACAUACCGCCCAACCACAGAGUGGGAACGAAAAGGUACAUGGCUCCAGAAAUUCUGGACGAGACGAUCAAUAUGAGCAACUUUGAAUCGUUCAAGCGAGCGGACAUCUACUCACUCGGCCUGGUGUUCUGGGAACUGGCCCGAAGAUGCUCUGUUAGGGGACUUAAUGAAGAUUUCCAGCUGCCUUAUUACGACCUUGUGCCUUCAGAUCCGGCCGUCGAGGACAUGAGGAAGGUGGUGUGUGAUCAGAAGCUCAGACCCAGCAUUCCCAACCAGUGGCAGAGCUGUGAGGCGAUGCGUGUGAUGGGCAAAGUGAUGAGAGAAUGCUGGUACGCCAACUCCGCCGCUCGACUCACUGCGCUGCGGGUCAAGAAAACCGUGUCCCAGCUGUCCAUCAUCAAGGAUGUCAAAGAAUAGCUAGGAUUUGUGCAACAAGAGGAACAGGGAGAAACUGUCCUCUCUCUAUCAGCCUGAUGCUGCCCUCUUCAGGAUGCAACCACACUGUUCACCCUCAGAGAGCCUCAGGUUGUCUUUGGUGCCAAAGUCUUGUAGGAAGUGUCUGAGGCUGCUCUGCACACAGACACUUAAAACCACCUAUCUGAACCAAACAGCUCAACCCUAGGUAGGAAGAGCCAUUUGAAAUGAAAGUAUGUUUAAUGUAUAUAUACAUAUUAUGUUGCUACCUCACACAUUUAAGUUGCCAAAGCUUGAAGUUGCACAUUGUGAUGUUUUGUUUUUUUGUGCCAUAUCUUGUAGCAAACACAGUGUUGCUGAGUAGUUAGUGUGCGAACUGACAAUCACAAAGGACACUGGAUUAUAGAGGAAAUCCCUGACUGGCUCUGACUAGUUAGAUUAGGUAAAUUACACACAUACCAGUACUAUUGUACAUGAAUGGUUUUGUUGAGAGCUCCAGAAUGGCUGCAGGAAUACAGUGGAGCAUUUACAAGUGGAAUAAGUCUUUUAGCUGAAUAUAUACAAGGAUUUUAUUGUUUUUAACUGUGAUCUAGUGCUGAUUAUUGAUUGUUUGCCAUUCACCGUGACUUUGUAAACGUCGGUCCAGUAGUCUGUUGGUCCAAACACCUCCACAACUACUUGAACAACCUUUGAUUCGACGUUUAUAUUCCCCUGAAGAUGAACUUUGUAUUCUCAGACUUUUCAUCUUGCGCCAAGAGAUAAAGAGAGUACAGUUGAGGUUAACAGAGAAUGUCAACUAAUGAAAGGAGAUUGUAUUGACACAACAAUUUUUUCUGGCACCACCCUCAGGCUGAACUCUUGUGUUUGACUGACUCGUAGUAACGAUGUUAGGACUGUCGAGGUGUCUCCACGUUGUAAAAGCCUCAUGAGACAACUAGUACUGUAAUAAUGUAAGUGCUGUUUAAUAUAAAAAAAGUUAAAGCAACACUAUGUCACUUUAACUGAGCAACAGCGCCCUCUGCAGUGGUUUUCCUGUACAGAAAAAACAAAGUUAAGCCUGAACUGGAACACAACCGAACAGUGGAUAUUACCCACGAUCCUCGGCUUACUGAUCUUUAAGCGCUGCUGCUGUAAAUACUACACCAAACUGUUUAGAAUUCUUCAAGUUUUAAGUUUCCUGGCUGAAUAUCAUUGCUCUUUUAUAUAAUGAAUGUCAGUUAGUUACACACUUCUCACAGGAGAUUGCACCAGCUCAUCAAAGUUACAUAGAGCAAGAUCCGACGUUCAGGGUGAGGAGUGGGAGUGAGAGUGACAUCAUUCUCUCUAAUCCACAUAAGCGUGCCAUCAGCAUAAUUUGAAUCUGCUAUUUUAGUGUAAAUGUAGCAUAGUGCUGCUUUAUCUAGGAACUUGUGAAAAGAAUUUUGCACAUUUAACAGUUUCAGUUGCUGCAAAGAGCUGCUCUCUGAAGGCUGAAUGCUGGGUUUUUUGGUUAAACUAAAGCUCAUUCAUUAAUGUGUAAAUGUGUGUUGUUCUCGCAAAUAUAUUUUUUUACCCUUGAAAUAUUUUUUAAAUUGUAAAAUUUAAACAACCUUGUUUUCACUUAAGAAAUUCAGACAAACUACUACAUUUUAAAUGUUAUACUAUGAGCCUGAUGCAAUUUUACAGCGGAUUUCCUGUAAUACCGCAUGAUGAAGACAACACAAACGAGAUAAACCAAUGAUAAUAAAAUAAUAACUAGAAUGGAAGUGCACCAUCAGUCCACUUAUGUUUAAUUCAUUAGAUCCAGAUUUUUAAUUAGAUCAGCAACAAAUUGCACACACUCAGAAAUAUCAGUCCCCUAAACACAU